AUCCAUUUAUUAUACCUUUGUUAAGCCUUCAAUUCUAAGGCAGAACAAGGAUAUGAUAUGCCUUUGCCUUCCAGCAUAUAUAAUCAUCUCCUCCUUAUUUCAGACAAGAAAGACCUCUCCUGGACGACUACCCAGAGAGAAAGAAAGAGACAGAGAGAGAGAGAGAGAGAGACGGAAGGAAGGAAGGAAGGAGGUAUGGAGGGUUAUGAGUACAUAAGUUCAUCAUCUUUCACACAUUUCUUUUUCUUCUUUUUGCUUUGCUUCCCUUUAACCUGAGCCUCUUCAGUCAGUAAAGAGGAAACAAUCAAAAAGAGGCCGAAAGUAUGGCCCCCCGCUCCCUCUUCGCCCUCUCCUUCGUAUCAAUUGCUCUCUGCUUUGGAUCAAGUGAGAUUCCAAGCCCUAAAGAAAAGGAAAGCGGGUGCUGAAGAAAAAGAAACUUUUCAAUUUUUUCUUUUUUUCCUUUUUCUUACUUUUACGCCUUCCUUAAGCUCACCAUGGACUCUGCAAACUUAGACCACCAUCAUCAAUCCCACCAUGUUGCUCCUUCUUUACAUCUCUCCUCCUUUCUUGCAUCUGCAAGCAGUCAUUCGUGGAACCCUAAUCUCUUACUGAAUCAUGGGUAUACAGAGAACUCAGUGCAGGCAAUACAAAUGUUCAACCCAGAAUUUGCUGGGCUUAACAUGAGCUCAGUUAAUGUAGCAAGUGAACAUGAUGCCAUGGUGCAGCUUCCUACCGUGACCCAUCCAGAGUUAGAUCAGUUCAAUACUUGGGGUACCAAUUCAGAGAAUUAUUCCCAAUAUGUCAGGAUAAAGGAAGAGCUUGAAGAUUCUGUGAGCAAUUUCCAUGGGUUCCAGCGUUCAUCAGGAGAGCUCUACGCUGAUCAUCCUCCGAUUUCCUUGGACUACUCAGGCGCAGCUGUUACAAGUGGAAACAGUUUAUGGGCACAGCAAAAUCUUCCUCCUGCCAACUUUGGCUCUCAGAAUUUUCAUGCAACCUCAGGAAAUUACAGACCUACCGAGAUAGGAUGUUUGGGUAGAGUUGAUCUAAAUUAUUUGCAGCAACCAAUUAAUAUACCAGUCAGCAACAAUGAAAAGAAGAGGUCCGGUGUCAUGAAUGAAGCUACUCAAGGAAUAAAAAGAAACAGCAGCACCCCACAAACCAAAACCAGUGAAGGAUCGUCCAAGAGGCCUAGAUUGGAAUCAUCCACCUCAAUGCCACCACUUAAGGUGAGGAAAGAGAAACUGGGUGACAGAAUCUCAGCCCUUCAACAGCUCGUUUCUCCUUUUGGCAAGACUGACACUGCAUCGGUGCUGAAGGAAGCCAUUGGAUACAUAAAAUUUCUCCACGGUCAGGUCGAGACUCUGAGUGUCCCCUACUUGAGGUCUUCAUCAUCCAGCGGCAGUGGCGCUAGAGCAAUCCAAGGGGUUCCCAAUAAAGCCUACUGCUCGGCUGGAGAGAAGAAGGAAGAAGAUGAAGUGAUCAGGAAUCUAAGAAGUAGAGGUCUCUGCCUCGUGCCUCUCUCUUGCAUGUCUCACCUGUCGAACGAUCACGUAGGAGCUCUCUGGCCACACACAAACUUUGGAGGCCCGUAGCUCCAUACGGCUUAUGCUUUCUCUUCAAUGCCGCAACUCUCUCCCUCUCUCCACUUGUACUAAUACUUGUAUAAUGGAGCAAACUUGGUCUCUUGUAAAGAAAUCUCAAGAUAGAGCAAGUUUGAUCCAUUAUGGUAUGAACCAGUUAGAGUACCAAUGAACUCAUAAAAUUUAAGGAAAGUCUCGUCGAAAUAAGUGCAUGUAUUGUUGUUUAGGAUCCUCGUGUAUCUAUUUUCCUCUUAUUAAUGAAUUAAUUCUCUAUCCCCA